ACCCCCGUUUACCAUUUUCCAUUCACUUUCUUCUUCUUCUUCUUCUUCAGUCUAAUUCUUCUGUUUUCCAGUCUUCAAUAAUGGAUUCCAGAGAAGAACUCAGCCAAAGCUCCGAUCUUUUGGAUACCCCAUCUUCCCCAACUCAAUCCCUUCUCUCAAACCUCUCGCUAACAGAUGAUUCAACCCCAGAUCAAAAUAUCACAACUUCGUUGAGAGUUAUUGGAGAUGUUGUGGAUGCCAUUGAUAGUCCUGUGACUCUCAACAUAAUCUAUAACAAUGAAAUUUUUACUGCUGGAGGUGAGUUCUUGCCCUCUCAAGUUGUUAGCCAACCUAGGGUUGAGGUUGGAGGUCACCUUGGCACUUUCUACACCUUGGUAAUUGUAAAUCCUGAUGCUCCGAGCCCAAGAAACCCGUCGCUUAAGGAGUACAUGCACUGGCUGGUGACUGAUAUUCCAGGGAAUUCUGAAGCAUCCUUAGGCCAAGAGGUUGUUCCGUAUGAGAGCCCACAACCAUCCAUAGGGAUACAUCGAAUGGUAUUUGUGUUGCUUCAACAAAGGGGACAGCAAACUGUUUAUCCUCCUGGGUGGCGUCAGAAUUUCAAUACAAGAGACUUUGCUGAAGUCUACGAUCUUACGCCAGUUGCUGCUGUCUAUUUCAAUUGUCGAAGGGAAGGAGAUUUGGGUGGAAGCAAAUUGUCUCCCAAAAGUGUUGGCUAAAAGUCACAAAUAUGAAGUGAACUACGUAGUAUAAUGGAAGACUAUUAUUGUGCUUGUAUAAUGUUUUUUGUAUUGCCCUAAUAUCAAAUACUUACUACGUAUUUUUUUUUU